AUGAGUUCAAAGAAAACCGCUACCUUGGAUUAUAUAACCACAAAAGUUAAACCAGUGUUUGAUUAAUUGAUUGCUCGUAUUGUAAUUGAAAAACCAGAUGAUGUUUAUACAUGGUCAAUAAAUUGGUUAUAAAAAUAGUAAAGAGGUUAAUUAUAGUUGCAAGUGGUAAAUAAUGAUCUCAGUGAAGAAGAGGAGGAGGAAGAGGAACUGGUUUUGGAAAUUAAAUAGACUCAAAAGCAAUAGACAAGAUCGGCAGUAUCUGCUGAAGUUUAUGGAGAAUAUAACAAAAAAGAGGAUUUCAAACCAAGAUUUAUAUAAAAGUCCUAGGGAUAGAUUGAUAGAAUUAAGAAAAGAAUCCUUAAUUCUUUUAUGUUUUAGGCAUUAGAUGAAAAGGAUCUUAAUAUCGUUUUAGGAGCAAUGGAAGAAAAGAAGUUUUAGGAUGGAGAUUUUGUAAUUAAACAAGGUGAAGAUGGAAAUGAAUUAUAUGUGAUUGAUGAAGGUCGUCUUGAAUGUUACAAAAGAUUUGCAGGCUUGUAAGAAGAAAAGUUACUGAAGACAUACAUUCCUGGUGAAUCCUUUGGUGAACUAGCAUUAUUGUAUAAUGCUCCAAGAGCUGCUACCAUUAAGGCAAUCGAAAAUGUCACAACAUUUGCUUUGGAUAGAGAAACUUUUAAUAAUAUUGUCAAAUUUUCAGCUAUAAAAAAAAGAGAAUAAAUGGAAGAAAUCUUAGGUAAAAUUGAGUUACUCCAAUCUAUGGAUAAUUAUGAAAGAGUUUAGUUGUGUGAUGUAUUGAGGGAGGAAAAGCAUUAGGCAGGCAAAUCUAUUAUUACAGAGGGAGAAAUAGGAGAUCGUAUUUAUUUAAUUAUUGAAGGAGAACUUGAAGCUUAUUCAAAUAAAUUAAAUGAAAAAGUGUACGACUACAAAUCCGGAGAUUAUUUUGGGGAAUUAGCCUUAUUAAAAAAUAGUCCAAGAUAAGCAACCGUUAUUGCUAAAACAGAUGUUACCUUACUUUAUUGCGAUUUCAAUUCUUUCAAAAGGUUAAUGGGUCCACUUGAGCAAGUUCUACAGAGAAAUAUGGAGAGAUAUUAACAUUAUUUAUAAUAAUGA